AUGGCGAAAGGAAGAGACGUCACUGAGGACUAUGACGUCCCUGAAGGCCACACAAUUGUGGAGAUUCUGAACUACCAACCUGACGCAAGCUACCGGGGCAAGUUUGACAUCAAGCACCUGGUAAUCUGGACGUUUGGAGACUAUACGGUGCACAUCACAAACGCAGGCAUCCCGAUCCACCAUCUUCUCAGUCCCAUCAUUGGGCUCAGUGCUGAGGAUGCGCGGAAGCGAGCCCCCCGGGUGAAGGCACAUAUGGAAGCCAACAAGCAGCGCGCCAACGACACCACCAUCAAGUACCAGGAGACCGGGGGCCAGGACACGCUUGCGGUGAAUGCGAUUGGUGUCGACUACAUCCUGCACGACUACAUUUGUCCACAGAUCCCGAGGGAGCGGCGCGAGAAGUUUGCACGGCGUUACGCAGCCAUGCUGCACAAUAUCCUGAAGCGGCUCGAGAUGCUUGCCGGGAGGGUCAUCAGGCGGCUAAAGGCGGGCAGCCGCAACUACAACGACCUUCUUCUGCCCGGUCCUUUAGCCCAACCCGCCAAACCCGCGGGCCCAGCGCUGGUCAUCUUGUCGCGCGUGCGCCCAUCGGACAUGCUGCGCCUCCCCCGGCCCUUCCCGCCGCUGCUGAACGCCUCCCCCCAAAAUCCGCUGCUGAGAAUGCCCCCCGCGCCGAACCUGUUGCCGCCGCUGCCCCCCUCGGAAUCGCCACGCGCGCCAACCUCCGACGCAAGCUCUCCCAGCCCCCCCGAGCCAAAGCGGAGACGGCUGGCGGGACUUGGAGAGGUUAACGGGGCGUUUAGCGGGGUGGUUCAUGGCGCGGUUAGCGCAGCGGAGGCCGACUCCGAAGCGUCUGAAGCGGGGACGGAGAGGAAGUGGGAAACUAAGCCGGAGGGGGGGAAGAAGAAAGAGGGAGCCAAGCUGAAUCACUGCGGGUGCUCAAAAGUAGACGAAGCCGACUUUCGGGCGUAUGAACAAGAGGAGAGCCGGGUGAUGGCCCUCAGCCUGCGUCUUAUGCAGAGCAUAAUCGAGCAGCAGCCGGCGCAUGAGAGGCUGUCGUUCCUACAGGAGCUGUGCACUAGAAACGGGUACGGAUGCAAUCUGGUGCGAGUGGCUCCACCGCCCCAAACGCCCCUCGAGCUGCUGCACGGUCCCCUCGCCCCGGUCAUCGCCACCCUUGACUACGUCAUCGAACACGUGGCUUCCGUCAUCAAGGAAGCGCCCAUCAAGUCCGCCAUCGAGGCCGUGAUGCAAGAUGAUACGGACGUCCGGAAGCUGUACAACUGGAAGGCGAACCUGUCCGCAAGCGGCGAGUACUGCUUCACGCACGACCCGAAGCGUCCGGGAAAGCCGCCCGUAGAGGACACGCCGUAUGGAGCAGCUCCGGCGCAACUUGCGGCACCGGAAGCGGUGCGAGCAGCUUAUUCCCAGCGGCGCGCGCUCCCCCAUCAGCUGGGGCUGUCUCGGCGUCCGACAGUGGAGCCUGAAAUUGGCCCAGUCCGCGUGCUCCCUUCACUGGUGGUUAAUCCACGGCGAGGUUAA